AUGAAUUAAUAAUAAUCUCAAAGUUCAACCCAUAGGCGAAAUAAUUCAGAUUUAAGUAUUGAUGCCUAACCUGUAGAAUCUGAAUCAAUUAUGAAUUUAUAAAUAGCCUAUAGUUGGCUUACCUUAGUAAGAGCUAUUCUAAUUAGGCUCUUUUGAUAGUUAUAUUGUUUAAUUGUUUCUUGAUAUUGUUACUUUCAUCCUUUGCAUUUAAUUUGAGCUUCAGGAUUCCAAUUCUGUUUAUUAGCAUAGGACACUUAUUAUAUUUGAUAAAGAUUUGCAUUAGUUAUAAUAAAAUGUACAAUAAAUUAUAGUUAUAAUAAGAGCAAAAAGUAAUUAGGAAUGUUGUAUCGAGUUGAUGUGGGGUGUUGGAUUAAUUUCUUAUUAUGUAUGUUUGAUUAAUAAGAUCAGAGUUGUUUAAUAUAUUUUAUUGAUAACAAUGACUUUUAAAUGUAAUACUUGGCAAUAUUUUUGGUAUUUAUGACAAUUAUAUGGAUGAUUUAAUGUAUCUUUUAAAUAUAUAGACAUAACACUAAUGAUUAUUAAUAGAAAUUAGUAUCAAUAUAAAUUAAAUUAGAUUGUAAUAAUGAUUAGAUUUUGUUUUGUCACAUAAUUGAUGUUCAUUAAUUUGAAAGUGAUUAAUUGGUUACCUGUUAGAUGGAUAUAUACUUUUUCAAUAUUUUGGUUAUUCUUACUAAUAAUAAUAUUGAUGUAAUUAGUAUCUUUAUUUAAAUUGUCAAUCAUAAUAAAUCAAUAUUUCAAUUGUAAUAUUGAUUAAAGACAAUUAUUGAUGAUUAAAAUAAUUGGUAUAAUAUGGACCAAUUUAAUUAUUUUUGGUUUUUGUGGUGUUCCUACAUAUGCACUAUUGAAAUUGAGUUUUUAUUUAGAAUAAAAUAUAGAACAUAAUUAUGUCUUUGAAAUAAUAACUAGUGUAUUCUAUACACUAAUAUUUUUGGUGUAUACUAUAUAUCAUAAAGAUUUAUUAUCAACAUUCAUUUUUACAAUUUUAAAGUUACAAACUUAAUAGGAAAUAGUAAGAGAACAAGAAAUUAUUAGUUUUCCAAGUUCAAGAAAUCAAAAGAAAUUUGUUUAUUAAUUUAGGGAUAACAUUUUAAAUGAUUUUCCAAAAUAAUUAAUUAAGAUUUCUAGUACUUAUUAUCUCCCAGAAGAUUAAAGAAAUUAAACUGAAAUUAAUUCAGCUGGUGGUAUUUAUAAUAAAUCUCCAACUCUUACUGAAGUAGUUGAUGGAUCAAUGAAACAAUGUUUUAAUUGUUUUCAAUAAUAAAGUAAUACAGUAUAUAUUCCAUGUGGUCAUGGAGGAGUAUGUUCAAAAUGUGCAUUUGAUUGGUUCAAAGAAAGAAAGGAAUGUUUGAUAUGUAGAAGUGUAAAAUAAUAUAUAUUAAUAAUAAAUUAGUAAAUAUAGGCUAUCUUGAAAAUCGUUUAAGCAGAUGAUCAAAGAGUCAAAGUAAUAGAUAUAAUUGCAUUAAAUUGA